AUGGGAGAUGAAAAUAAUUUGCCGUAUCCUUUCGAAUUUCGUGAUAUUACUGACGAAGAAAAGUUGGUUAUAGACAAACUCCAUGAUUUUCCAUAUGCAUCAGAAUUAGCUCGCCUCGGCCCCAAGGGUUAUAUAGUCAACAAAGCUUUCAAAAAGGAUGCUGCUAACAUCUACAAUCUGCCUUUAAAGUCCAGCGAUAUAUUUGUUACCAGUUAUCAGCGGUCAGGAACUACAUGGACUCAAGAACUGGUGUGGCUUCUAGCAAGUGACUUGGAUUAUGAAAAAGCUUUAGCUGUUCCACUCGUCGAUAGAUAUUCAUUUCUGGAAAUGUUUAUGUUUGUACCGGACGCAGGAUUAGACAGUUUCAUAAACACUGUGAGUCAGAAUACUGAAAAUUUUAAUAAGGAAACGAUGCUACAAAUUGUUAAUUUUCUCGGUACUCCAGCAUCGCGUAAACUUGCCAUUACGCCGUCACCUCGUUUUAUAAAGUCCCACCUUCCUAUGUCCCUACUGCCUCCAAAAGUUUUAGAUACAGCAAAAAUGGUGUACAUCGCACGAGAUCCCAGAGACGUGGCUGUAUCAUUCUAUCAUCACACCAGGCUUUUCAUGUUGACUGGUUUUAAAGGGACUUUUAAGGAGUUUUGGCAACUGUUCCAUGGGGAUUUAUUGGCGUUGACUCCAUACUUCGAGCACGUCAAAGAAGCUUGGGAGAAGAGACAUGACCCGAACAUGCUCUUCCUGUUCUAUGAAGAUUUGUCAAAGGACUUACCUGCUGCAAUCCACCGUGUGGCGGACUUCUUGGGUAAAAAAUUGGAUGACGCCCAAACAGCAGCUCUCUGCGACCACUUGAGUAUAGAGAACUUUAAGAAAAACAAAGCUGUCAACUUUGAGGAGUUCAGAGCACUCGGAAUGCUCGCAAAGGACGAAGCAUUUGUUAGAAAAGGUAAAACUGGAGGUUGGCGUGACUACUUUGAUGAGAAGAUGACACAACAAGCUGAGAAAUGGAUUGCGGACAACCUGAAGGAUACCGACCUGCGCUUUCCAUCCACGAAUUAA